AGUUGGGUGGCUAAGAGACAGUUGGUGCCAGUCUUGUGAUGUUGAAGGCAGAGCUUUCACAACAAGGACACCAGUGACAGAGGCAGUGUGCACAGACCGUGCAUUAAGCCGCGAAUUUGGAAACAGAUUCCUGAUCUACUGAAGCAACACCAGUUCAGUUGGUGUUGCCAUGGAAACCAUCAAGAGACAUAAUAGCAAGACCAGAGAGGAGGUGUCAAUGCAGCUGGACCUGAAGGCCAGCACCUCUCAAGAGGAGAACCUUACAGAUCAUUACAUCAUACUCAGGACCCUUGGCAAAGGGACCUUUGCUGAGGUGAAGCUGGCCUGCCACCUCCACACAGAGGUGCAGGUUGCCAUCAAGAUCCUGGAAAAUGGAGAGAAUAAUGACCACAACAACAAAACUGAAAUCGACAUUGUGAAGACACUGGACCACCCAAACAUCAUCAAGGUGUUCCACAUCAUCAACACCGAAGAGCACACCUAUAUGGUGAUGGAGCAUGCUUCUCGGGGAGAUCUGGAAAGCGACAGCAGGCUGGAAGGAAAUGGGUAUCAGUGUGGAUGGAAUGCUGGGCUGUUGCUCCACUUUGGAAGGUUCUUUGGACAUGGUCUCUCAUGGAAGCCUAUUUUCACCAAGUGUCUGGUCACAUCCUGAAACAUAUAGCCAGAAAAUUCCUGACCUGAGAACAUGCACACUCAGUACUAGUGCUAAAGAUGCAGGAGAGAACAUCCCACUUCCCUUCUCAAGAAAACCAGCAGGUCAUUUCCUGAGCUCUAGAGGAGCUGUCUCAGGAGGACAUGCUGUGGAGGGCAAGGAAAUGGUUUCUGUUCCAGCAUCCAACCACAGACCACCACCCCCAAUUCUCAGCAAGACUGGGGACAACAGGAGGACCCCCUUGUGAAAGCCUCCCGGUGGGUGUGUCACUGUGGAAUCCCUGUCUCACUUUGAUGCUUUAUGUAUGUUUGACAUUGUAGAAGGGUCAAGUAAGCUUCUUUGUCCUCACAGAUGACCCAGGAAACCUGCCUGAGCAGAUCAAGAAAAUGCCUCAGCAGAGUCUUGGGAAGGGAAUGUUCAUCUCUGCAUGGCCUCUAGACUGGAUUGCCUGAGAAGGGCAGUGUCCAGGGACCAUCUUUUCCAGGCCAUCAAUAACUUGAGAUGGUGCACAUGAAGUCAUCCACUUGUACUGUAUCUCACUGGUGUUGCAUAGAAACUAUGUACAAACAAACAAAUACUGAAGUUCUGAAGUAGAAUUCCAACUGAAUUUAUCCUAAUUGACAUUCAGAACACUUUGGGAGGGCUGAGAAAAAUCCAAAGGAAUAUAAACU